GGAGGUUCUGGUGGUACUAUUCUCCUUUUUCUUCAUGCACUGGCGCUAAUGGGUAAUUCAUCUUUAUCUGUUGUUGGAGGCUCUGGUGGCCUCAUCGGCGGAGGUGGUGGGGGCGGUGGCAGAGUUCAUUUUCACUGGUCCAAGAUAAAUGAGGGCAUUGAUUAUGAGCCUCUUGCUACUUUAAAUGGAACCAUUGACAUUAGAGGAGGAUUGGGUGAUAAUGAAGGCCUUGACGGGGAAGAAGGUACAGUGACAGGGAAGAAGUGUCCUAAAGGCCUAUUUGGCACUUUCUGUGUGGAAUGCCCAGUUGGAACAUACAAAACUGAUGAAGGUUCUGAUCCUUUACUAUGCACUGCUUGUCCUCUUGAGUUUCUUCCCAGUCGUGCUGAUUUUAUUUACAUACGAGGAGGAGUUACCCAAUCACCUUGUCCAUACAAAUGUAUAUCGGACAAGUAUAGGAUGCCAAACUGCUAUACACCCUUGGAGGAGUUGAUAUAUACGUUUGGAGGACCCUGGCCUUUCUCAUUACUGCUAUCUUGCAUUGUAUCUGGGUACUUUACCAUGAAAACAGGGAGCAAAUUUAAAUACCACCCAAGAUGUAGGAAUCUGAGAUUAAUAAACUUGGCUUUUGCUGAUGAUUUGAUAGUAGCUUGUAAAGCUGAUAAGGAUUCAAUCAAAGUAAUCCUGGAGUGUCUUCAACAUUUUAAGGCUGUAACUGGACUUGAGGUUAACUAUUCCAAGUCUCAGAUUAUCCUAGGAGGAGUGAAUGAUCUGGAUUAUGAGGUGAUUAUGGAUAUGACUAGUAUGGCUAAAGGUGUACUUCCGUUUAGGUACCUAGGAGGCCCUAUUACUGAUGGCAGGAUAAGCGAUAGGGAAUGUGAAGCAUUAGUAGCCAAAAUAACAACUAAGAUAUCUGCAUGGGCAACAAAGAAUCUUUCCUAUGCAGGUAGAUGUAAGCUGAUCAACAAUGUUCUGUUCGGGGUGAUCUCCUUCUGAUGUAGACUUUUCAUAAUCCCUAAUAGUGUGAUGCAGAAGAUACAAGCCAUCUGCAGGAACUUCCUUUGGGGGGCUAAAGCACAUUACUCUAAAACGCCUCUUGUCAAUUGGGAGGAUGUUUGCAAGCCUAAACAGGCAGGUGG